AUGAACGACCCCAUAGAACUCUCCGACGACGACUCUGGCGACGAGCCCUAUGUCGACCGCCGCGCCAUCCUCGAGCCCCCCAUCCGCAGCGUCGUCGAGGCCCUUGGCGGGUAUGAAGCCGGCCAAUACCGCCUCGGCGACGAGUGCUACGGCUGUCUCAAAGACCUCAAGAAGUACUGGCGUAAAGACGACACUGACGACGACCGCACCGUCGCCCGCAUCUUCUGGGCCACCCGUGUCCUCCCCAACGACCUCAUCCCCAUCCUGCUCGAGACCGCCGGCAAGGGCCACGUCGAAGACAAACGCGCCAUCGCAUGCGCAGACCUCAUCACUGCGAUGACUUGGCCAAUCGACCUCGCCGAGGAGCUCAAGGAGCUCGACGAGACGUACGACAAGGGUGCGGACUACACCCAACUCCUCCUCAGCCACCUCCACUACAAAGCAGCGCUGCUGCGCCCCGGCGUGCUGCAGGCACUCUUCGCCAUCACGCUCCCGUGCCUCGCCCGCGACGCGAAGGAGCGCACAGAGCGGGACGUGCAGAUCGUCAACGUCGUCCUCUACCUCGUCCGCAACCUCGCCUUCAUCAAGGACCUCCCCGCGAACACGCACGCGAGCGCGGACCACGCCGAGCUCGCCGCCCUUCAGUCCCGCCUCGUCAAGGGCCUCGCUGACGCGCACUUCACCGACCUCCUCUUGACGAUCGCCGCGAACGCGGCCGAGGACCCGCUCUUCAACCAGUGGAACACCCUCGUGCUCGAGAUCCUCUACCUCCUCUUCCGCGGCGUCAAGCCCGCGGACCUUGCGGGCGACCAGGCAAAGCAAUCGUCGAGGACGCUCGCGGGCCUCCUCGCCGCCGAAGACCAGCGCCGCCGCGAGUUCGCCCGCAAAGCCAACACGCGCCACUCCCGCUUUGGCACCACCAUCUCCGUCACCGUCAACCCCAAGAAGACCGCCUCCGCGCCGCCCGACGCCGGCGCGGACACGCAGGCGGGCCCGUCGUCGCGGUCGUACGUCCUGCACCGCCAGGCCUCGCUGACGACAGACUCGGGGGCCGCGCUCGACAUGGCGCGCGCGAAGAAGCACAAGGCCCCGAAGGGGAAGAAGGUCGACGAGCUGGGCAGGGACGACAACCUCUCGCUCGACGCGCGCAUGGUCCUGCGGAACUUCGCGUGCUCGUUCGUCGAGAGCUGCUUUAACACCCUCCUCUCCUCGCUCCUCAAAGAUAUCAAGGCCGAGCGCGCGAAGGUGACGGAGAAGGACAACCUCCGCCUGCUCUUCGCCACGAAGUGGUUCCUCGAGUUUUUCCUCUGCACGCGCGCGUGCCAGCCCGAGGGCGCGCGCUGGAAGUUCGGGCUCGUUGCGGAGGUCACGGAGCGCGGCUGGAUCGUCUGGGUCCUCCGCCGGAUGCGCGAGGCGCAGGAGGAGAAGCCGAAGCUCUGGACGGAGCUCCAGGCCGGGGUCGAGUGCCUCACGCAGUUUGUCCUCGCGCUCGACACGAUGGCGUCCGAGCCGCCCCCUCCCCCCAAGCACAACCCGUCCGACGCGGAGGCCGCGGAGGCGGAGGAUGAGGCGGACGUGGCGGACGCUGCGCGGCUGCUCCAGCAGCAGAUCCUGUACAACGGGGAGGUGCUCGACAUCGCGCUCGAGAGCGUGCGGACGUACAAGGAGGGCACGCAGAGCCUCGCGUACCUCGACGCCGCGGUGGGCCUUGCGUACGCGCUUCUGCGCAUGCUCGAGCGGUGGAGCAGGCGCAAGGGGACGGGCGAGGUGUAUGUGAGGAAGCGGGCACGGCCGAAGAAGCGGAGGGGCGGGCAGGGCGGUGUCCCUGAGGGCGAGGGCGUGCCUGACGUGGAGGACGAGCCGGAGGAGGAGAAGGGGGAGGAGGAGGAGAUCAACGAGACGAUGUUCACGUUCGACCAGUUCGAGCAGCGGUUCGCGCACCCCGAGAUCACGCGCACGCUCCUCGCGUACCUCGCGCGGUACAAGGACUUCACGCAGCCCGAGCAGAUGAAGCGCGUCGUGAACCUCAUGCACCGCCAGGCCGUGCGGCAGAAGGCAGAGGGGCUCUACUUCAUGGUCUCGACUUUGCACCUCUUCAAGCAGAUCAUGGCCGAGGAGCGCAGCCUCCCGCGCGAGCAGCCGUACAAGGACCUCGUCGCGCUCAUCAACUUCAUCCUGCGCAGAUUCUUCAAGGCGGCCGAGGAGGACUCGUUCCUGCUCGUGGAGGCGUUCUUCCCGAAGAACCGCGGGCACUGGAAGCAGUUCUCGAGCAAGGAGCUCGACGUGAUCGGCCCGCGGCCGGAGGGCGUGCCGUUCGACACCCGCUUCCCGCAGGACUUGUACGUCAAGAAGGGGUACUCCCCGAGCGAGCAGAUGGGCAUCGCGAUGGCCGCGCUCACGGAGAACGGCCAGAUGGUGCUCAUCGAGUGGACGAAGCAGAUCCUGACGCUGUGCAUCGCGCACCGGCAGCGCAUCAUCGACAGCGUGGACGGGUCGUCGUCGAAGACGAUCGACCUGAGCAAUAUGGACAGCGAGGACGAGGACGCGAUGGACGCGGUGCUGGGUCUCCGCGGGCCGUCGGCCGAGGCUCUUGCUAAGAUCAACGAUUACCUGAUUCCGUACGUCAGCGAUGAAGAGGCGGACGCGGCCAACAAGAAUCCCCAUCUGAAGCUGCUCUUCCGUCUCUGCAACUUCAAAAUCAUGGACGAAGAUGCCGAUGAGCUCGAGUGGUACAUCCCCUCCGUCAUCCUCCCCAAGGAGUUGCAGCGCUGCCUGAACACCAUCAACCAGUACCUCGAGACGCCAAUUGACCUCCAAGGCAAGAAGCCCGCCGAACUCCUCAAGAAAAAGCGCCGUCGCCGCACCCGGCGCAAGCAGCCCGAGUCCGACGCAGAGGACGACGAGGACGGGAUCGCGGAGCUGCGAAACAACAAGCGCAAGGAGAAGCGCAAGAAGGAGAAGCAGCAGUACAAGUCCGCCGAGUUCAUCGUCGACAGCGACGUGGAGAUGGGCGACAUGGACGCGUUCCUGGAGAAGGAGCGGGCGCUGAGGCAGAAGACGGCCGCGCUCGCGGCGUCCACGGGGCAUGUGGCGACGAUGCGCUCGCAUGGGACGCGGAAGCGGAGGAGGAAGGACAAGCGGGACAAGGACAAGCGGAAACGGAGGAAACACGGAGCGGAGGACGGCGCGGGCGACGGCGAAGAGGGCGCUUCCGGGGAGGACGAGGCGGCGGAGAAGGAACAGGACAAGAGUGACGCGGAGGAAAGCGAGCUGGAUGUGUUCGGUAGCCCGAAGAGGGCGACGUCGGAGCCUACCCCGGAUACGUCGCCACCGGCGGACGACGAGGCCGCGUCCAAAUCCAAGCCUAAGCCCGGUCCUCGACCUCGGGCUAGGGUGUCGAGGUCUUCUCCUGCUGCGGGCGCUUCGUCUCCUGGGAUUCCUCGUUCAAUUGGGAGUCCGGUCUCUGGCUUGCGAAACGCUUCACAAGCACCUUCUGAUGACGAACUGCCUUCUUUCGAGGCUCUACGUGGCGUCGCGAAGAAAAGGACAGCCCGCCUUGUCUUGUCCGACGAAGAGGAUGAGUAGGACCUAUGUAGUAUGUAUUAUCGAUGUCUCACAAUGUCGAACGCGCAUUCAGACUAUCGGCGCCGUGCACAUUGGACUCAGAGUAGGAUCGCCACUUGUUCAGAGGGCUCAUUGGUUCUUGCUCCAUGCCUUGGACUGCAAUCGGCGCUGGCCCCAUUCCUGCUGUGCCUACGAGCUUCAUGCAGGGCAGCGCAGCCAAGCGCUGUGUCAAGUUCUUCACACGGACUGCCCCGCUAUCCUUCGGGCAGGAUUCAGAUAUCAGUGCUCAACGCUCAGCGCCGAUGACUUUGACAUUAAUACUGCAUUGACAGGGGGCGGUGCUGUAUGGCUUAUCAUAAUCGGUUCAAUUCA